UGGAUGUUGGGAAUACGGGUAGGUCUGGGGAGGAAGGUGACAUCAAUGACCUGGUCAGAUCAGACUCUUGAUUGAAACUCCUGAUAUUGAUACUGUCACACCCUUAGGGCCUACUGCCGGUCAGAUUGUGACCGAGAUAUCAAGUAUCUGAUUUACAACUUUAGUAUAGGAUCUUGAUCGUGAUAUACUACACCUGAGCAUUUAGGCUCCGAAUCCUGUAGUACGCAUUCCUUACCUUCUGUUAAGCUUGUCGAGAUGGAUCACCCUAAAGCAGUAGGCUACGCACCAUAUCUCUUCAGUAGGAUUCCAGACGCUGUCAAAAUCGAGUCUCUACAAAAGCCUUUAAGACUAGGAGUACAAUACGCACUUGAACACCCAUAUCAGGUUGCAACAAUUGCUGUUUUACUGAUCAUAGGGAUUACGAGCCUCAGUUCCGUUGUGACGAUCUCAGCCAACGAUAAUGAAGUCCCUCUCUACAGUGUCCGUUCGGCAUGGGAGCCGCAGAUUUGGUCCUCUUGGAACUUUUUCAGAAGAGCAGCCGAAAUCUUGAACGGCGGCUAUAAGAAAUUUCCCAACCGUAUCUGGAAAUUCACCAGAGCUGACGUGGAUAUGCUGGUUCUUCCGCCGAGAUAUGUCAAAGAGUUGCGCUCCCUCCCUAUAGACAUUGCCAGUCCAACAGCGGCCCAUGCGUUCAAUUUAUCGGGAAGUCACACUAACAUGAAUAUCAUUCUGAAAAAUAAUCUCCACUUCAGAACUCUACAGGAGAAACUCACUCCGAAUCUGAAUAGACUGGCUCGUCCUAUGCAGGAAGAACUGGAAUAUGCAAUCAAUAUGGAGAUACCUGAAAGCAAUGGGGAAUGGGUGCAAAUAAAACCUUAUCAUAGCAUUCUUCGGCUUGUCGCCCGUGUCAGUGCACGGGUCUUUCUAGGGGUCCCACUGUGUCGCAGCGAAGAAUGGCUCGAGAUUUCGACUGAGUUCACAGAGAACACCUUCAUAUCCUUGGUAAUCCUUCGGAUGUUCCCACGGUUUCUCCACGGCAUUGUCUCCUGGUUCCUUCCCUCAGUGUGGCGCGCAAAUAACUACAUACGUCGAGCCAAGCGGUUGUUGACACCGGAAAUCAAAGAGCGUCAAGCUGCCUGGCGUAAAGGCUACCAAACAGAGAAGCAGAUGUCAUUGCUAUCCUGGAUGAUCGAAAUAGCGUCCGAGGCUGAAUCCAAACCGCAAGAUCUGGCACACCUUGAAGUCGUUAUAUCGCUUGCAUCAAUCCACACGUCUCAGAUGAAUGCUGUCCAUGUGCUGUAUGAUCUAGCCGCUCAUCCGGAGUGUAUACCAAUUCUUCUUGAAGAGAUUGAUUCUGUUGUCAAAGAGAAAGGCGAUUGUAUGAGCUGGGAUAAGACCAGCUUCUACAAGCUAAAACGCCUUGAUUCGUUGAUGCGGGAAUCUCAACGACACAACCCGCCUACACUCCUCUCAUACCACCGUAUCAUGCAACGCGACCAUAUACUCUCAGACGGAAUGGUUCUUCCGAAGGGAGCUCAUAUUACCAUGCCAGUUAAUGCCAUCCAGAACGAUCCUUUAGUUACGCCAGACCCAGAAGAAUUCCAACCCUGGAGGUAUUUCGAUCUACGAUCGCAAGAAGGUCAGGGACACCUACACCAGUUCGCAACGACUGAGGAAAACAUCUUGAAUUUCGGCAAGGGCAAGUUCGCUUGCCCCGGCAGAUUCUUCGCAAGCCUGGAGAUCAAGACCAUAUUGGUAAGACUUCUUAUGGACUAUGACUGGAGGCUUCCGGUGGGCACUGAGAGGCCUGCCAAUGUUGCAGCCCAUGAAUUCAUCUUUCCAAAACAGGAAGGCGUGCUGGAGUUUAGGAAGCGGAAGAAGCCAGAAGUCGAAGCUACAAGGUCAGAGGAAUAGUACAUUGACUGGGUGAUUUCUCGUUGUAAUGGUCUGUGGAGUACAUCUUGCAGUCAGUAGUCUGGAAUGUCGUAUGCAUUGUUACCUGUCUACAACAGUCGUACCAAAGAAUUGUUUGUAAUCUUGAAGGCGCAUUGAAUACGCCUCAUCGUCCAAGAGCCUCUGCGCGAAUCUAUGAUGUGCACAUGCACAAGCCAAGCGUCUGGAAUACCACCAAUGGACAUGUUGCCGAGUAAAGCUCCUGGUGGUCAUAUAGUAAUGUAAGCUGUGUGAAUU